AUGGGCGUUACUAGUGUGUUAUUAUGGAAAGAUAAUAGCGAAGGUCAUCAAGGAGGUCAUGAAGGAUUGAUAAAAUUCCAUGAUCGUAUAACAACGACUUUAUUAGGAAGUUAUAAGGAAAGUUGGAAUAUACACAUUAAAUUAUUUAUUAAUGCAAAAACUGAAAAACGUAUGAAUACAACACGUGAAAUGGAAAGCAUUCUCGAAAGGUUGAAAAAUCUAUGGCAAGUUAGGCAACAUACAUUUUAUGAAGGCAAGGCAUAUAUUAUCGGUGACUUUUUAGUUCGAGUUGCCGCUCCCAAAACUGCUGCUAAUUACAAAGGAAUGCUAGUAGAGGUUGAAUAUAUUUCAACGAUUAAUCCUUAUGCAGCGGCACCUAUUUUAAGAGAAUUCAUUGAAAUGUUAAAAUCACCAGAAAUUGACAUUGUACAAUGGGAACCCAACGCUGAAGAUUCUUUUUCAAAAAUUGGAUUAUCUGAAGAUACUUUUACUAGAGCACAUACUGACUAUCAAUAUAUGAAGUUAUUCAAGAAAUGGGAUUUGUUUUAA